CUAAGGGCCCUCAGACCAUCCUGGUGGGGGAUGGAGGUGUAGAGGGAUUGGACGUCCAUGGUGAAGAGGAAGCGGUACAAACGGGCUCGUUUAUGUUUUGAUGGUGAGGUGAAAGCUAGUUACAGUCCCCGAUCUCAGCAAUGUCAAUAUUUGAGCGGUGCAUAUCUCGUGUUGUUUUUCAUCGUUACCUGUUCUAUGAACCUGCCAGAUCGAGGCUAAAGUGAAAGAUCUUUGACGUUGAAGGUGGUUGAAACCAUCAGUAGUUACAAAAAUGUCUUUCCUUCUCCGUUCGUUCACAAAUCUCAUUCGCCCAAUGCUCCACGCGGUCCAAUCAGCAUCUGGACUUUAAUCAGAACCCGCCCAGGUGAUCUCGGGACCCAGGUGAUGAUCUCAGGCGGGUUUUCCUAAAUGAUGUCGACCCCUGCCCGGCACCGAAGAACACAAAGAGACAUUCCACUGUUGCUCGCAUUAAGAAGUACAACCGAAUAAAACACCUGAAAGAUGUUGAGUCCAAAAAUAGCAUUAAAUGAUGAUUUACAUGGAGGCGAGGAUGCACCUGAUGGAAGUCAGACUGCCUAUAAUAAUUCAGAUGUUGAAACUGGGAUGACCAGUAAGAAACAUAGCAUCCACAGAAAUAGUAAGAAAAUAUCACAAGAAUCCAGUAACAUGGAAAUUAAUGUGCCUGAUUCAAAUCCAAGAGAACAGCCUGGAAUAUUUAGAAGUAUAGUGCGAUUAAGCAAAAGGUUUAGUUUGUCAGCUUCUCCCUAUACAGACAAAAAUAAAACAGUGACUGUGUCAGCUGGAAAUACAGUAAACAACUUGAAAGAACAGGAAGAAGAGUGCAAUGCAGUAGAAAACCAAGAUGUUAAAGGGACAAUUGAGAACAAGUUGCCACUAUCAGUAAUGGAAAUAAACCAGUUAAUCUCCAAAAACAAUUUAUUGGAGGCAAAUGAAAAUAUAAAUAAAUUGGAAGAAGAGUUGCUCAAUGAGAGAGACCCUGAAAAAGAUGAAGAAACAUUUCAAGAAUACACAAAAAGAGUUCGAGAUUUCAACUUGCUCUGUGAUGAACUUGCUAAACAAAUAAUGUCCAUAUUCACUAAUUCGCUCACUAUAUCUAAACAAAAUGGUAACAUUCUAUGUUUAGCAUUUAAAGUUGUUGAACUGGAAGAAGCAGCAGAUAAAAAGUGGCAAGAAAGGUUGAAUCAUUCUGGCAUUAACUGUUUCAGAAGACCUCGGAAGUGGCAAGAUUUGUGGAGAGAAACAGUUAGAAAAAGUGUGGAGGAAAGGAUAACCAAAGUGUUUUUACCUACAAAGGAGCAGGAGACAUCAUGGCUUGCAUUACACUUAACACAUCUUCAACAAACUAUUUUGGAAGACCUGAAAAUUGUGAAAGAUUUGGUACAAAAAUGUUACCCAGAAAAAUACAAUAUUUUUAACAUGUAUACAAAAUGCUAUCAUGAAAGUGUAUCAUCUCACCUGGAAUGCAUCCAACAGAAACACCUUGAAUUGAUUGAACUUUAUCCAUUUCUCAAUUGGAUUAUUAACACCUACAAAAGUGGUGAUGUUAUGAGUCAUCCUGAUCUUUCACCAGAAGUGAACGUACAAGAACUUGGUCCUUUGUUAGACCAAAAGGUUAUAGAAAAUGUCAUGGACAAAUAUGCUAAAGAAUUGAAGAUAGUAAUUUCAAACUUGAUGAAAAACACUUUGGAGGAAGAGAAGAAAAAAUGGCUUGAAUUUGAAGCACAAGAACCAGAAUUAAUGAUGGGUCACUACCAUUCUGAUAUGGUCUUUCACAUAAGUCAGAUGAUUCAUGAAUACGUGAGUAAAUCAGGUGACAUCAGCAAUAAACUGAAGGACAAAGCUUUACAAAUCUCCUUGGAUGAAUUAACAGAUUUAAUACACUGCUAUCAACAGCAUCUGAAGGACAAAAAAAAGAGCAUUUCAAACCCGCUGCCACUUUUGAUAGUAGGCAUCAACAGCUGCAUUGACUUAAGGGAAUAUGUAAGGUCACUUAAGCAAAACAAUGCUGUACACGCCGGCAAAGUAGAAGAAACAUUGAACAAUGUUGUACGAGAACUCAAUAAAAUUCUCUCAGAUGAUAUUCUGCUUCAAGUGAAGCUUUGUUUUAAGAAACUCAUGACAAAGAAAUGGCUUUCCAGUAAUCAGGAUUUUAAUCAGAUAAUAAGCAUUGCUGAAAAGUAUUGCGAAGAGUUCAGGAAAAUGAAACAAGCCAAUUGCCAGUUUGUUAAGGAGUACAUUACACAAAUCAUGAAACAGCGUAUUUACUGCAAAUCAUCUAGACAACGUGACACAGCAGCAAAUAAGAUAAGAGAAGAAUUGGGAGCAAUACAUAGCGUAUAUAAAGAACAUGGCAGUACUGCUUUGUGGCUUUUUCCGGUAACUCAAGAUUUGUCUGAUUUUAUUGGUUCAAAAAAAAAUGAACUUGAGACAAAACUGAACAAAUUACAUAUGGACUUUCCAGAUAUUGGCGAAGAGCAUGUUUCAGCCCUUCUUUAUUUCCGUGGGAUCUCUAGAGGGAGAAAGAAAAUCAACCUAAUUAAGUUUUUCAACCAACUGAGAAAAGAUCCAGAAGGCUCAGUACCAGAAUCCCGCCAUUUGCUGUUUGAACAGAUUGCUGUCCCUGCGCCGCUGGGCUGCAUGCCUUUAUUUACUUAAAGUCAAAAUUAUAUCCAUAAAUUUAAUGGAUCUAUCUUGAAUAUUCCAAGCAUCCUUGAGCAUAACAUUGUAAUUUAAGUUAUCUCCAAUAUAUAACGGCUACAAAAAUUACUUUUACCAUUUGCAAAGUGAUACAAUUCUUAAAUAAGUCGACACAUUUUUAUAACUUAGAAAAUCCCUUAAUAUGCCCAUUGUCCACACUUAUAUUUGCUAUUGGUCCUAAAGACCUGAUAAUAUCAAUGUGUUUUAAUUAUUGUACUCACGAUGGCUACAUAUACUGAUGACAGAGUGUCAGUUUCGUUGAAAAGCAGAACUUAAAUACUUGGGACUCUGAGAUUCUUUAAUAAUGAAUUCCAUCAGGUAGCAGAGAAAGUAGAAAGUAUCCAAGUGAAAAUCAUAGCCUUUCUAGUGUCUGCAGGUGAAGGUAGGUACAAACAAAAUUACAGCCAUGCAAUGAUUAUGUCCUGCUUUUGCUCACGUACCUUAAGGCUUCCUGAAAUAUGUCUUCCCAAAUUUCAAGUGCCUCAAUUUUUUUAAGGCACAGAAAAUACAUAUUCCCAGUUGAAAUCUAUAUUAAUAUUGCUGUCCUUCCUGGAUGCUCAAAAUAUGAGGUGUCUCCUCCUUUAAGAGGAAUUGUAAACCAUUUCUGAUCCAAUAUUAUUAAGCGCAUCUGCUGAGAAGGUUAUGGGGCUAGCCUAGAAACAGGUACUUUUGUGUGUUAUGACAUGGCAGGCAGAUCAAUUCCAUGAGGGAAACUUGAUCCCGCUAUCGCAACGAUUUUACAAUUUGUGUUUAUUUUGAAAUGUGUGCGUUGAAUUCAGAAGUAAUAAAUCCACCGAGACCUGUAGAGAUUCUUUUUAAACUAAAUUAAAAUAUUUAUCAAUAAAAGAAAAGAUGUCAAACACA